AUGCUCAAGAAUGGAAAGAAUAUUGGCAUUAAUAAACCUACUACCAUAACUGGACAUAAUAAUGUUGCUGAGUCUAAUGUUGAUUUUAGUUUUCAUAAUGAUAUUGAUAUUAGUUUUGAAAUAGAAGAGGGUGAUGAAAUAGUUCUUGAUACCCAACAUUUUGAAACAGAUGAAGUAGUUGAAGAUAUUAAUCACUCUUUAUUACUACCAUUUAACAAAGAAAACAAAUUAGAUUUAAAAGACCUUGAUAAUUCCGUCAAUAAAAUCGAUAAUAUCUCAACUUCUGUUUUAACUGAAAAACAUUCAAAAAAAUUCCAAAACAUCGGUCUAAUGCAGCGAUAA